AUGUCUACCGAGGCGGCACCGCUCCGGUCGGCCACGCGGGUUGCGCCGGAGGACCGCACGGCCAUUGGUAUUUCCUUUGGCAAUUCGAACAGUUCGAUCGCCUACACAUUCGACGAUCGGGUCGAGGUCAUUGCCAACGAGGACGGUGAUCGCCAAAUCCCGACUGUUCUGUCUUACGUCGAUGGCGAGGAGUACUACGGCCAGCAGGCAAAAAACUUCCUUGUGCGGAACUCCAAGAACACAGUUGCCUACUUCAAGGACCUGCUCGGCAAGGAUGGCCGCUAUAGUUUCGCCUCGGUCGACCCUACGUACUGCCACGCCUCGGCCCACCCCCAAGAAACGAACGGCGAUGUGACCUUCUCCAUCAUCGACAAGGCUGGUGAGGCCGGCAGCGAGGACGACGAGCCCAAGCCUGCGGACCCGUCCACUGUCUCCGUGCACGACGUUGCGACGCGUUACCUGCGCCGCCUGGUUGGCUCGGCCUCCGAAUACCUGGGCCGCAAGGUCACGUCAGCCGUCAUCUCCGUCCCUUCCAACUUCUCCGACGCCCAGCGCCAGGCCAUUAUCAAGGCGGCUGACGCCGCCGACCUCGAGAUCCUGCAGCUGAUCUCGGACCCUGCCGCCAUCACGGCCGCCUACACUGCCCGGAUAGACGCCGAGGCCGCUGCCAGCGAUGCCGCUGACUCGGCCAAGGACAAGGUUAUUGUUGUCCUGGAUCUGGGUGGCACCCGCUCCGACGCCGCCGUCAUCGCCUCGAGCGCUGGUAUGGCGACUGUCCUGGCCGCCGUCCACGACUACGAGUUUGUCGGCGCGGCCCUCGACAAGGUGCUGAUUGACCACUUCGCCAAGGAGUUUGCCAAGAAGAACAAGGGCGUCGACCCGCGCGAGAACGCCCGCAGCCUUGCCAAGCUGCGCCUCGAGGCCGAGGCCACCAAGAAGGCGCUGAGCCUGGGCUCGAACGCCUCCUUUAGUGUGGAGUCGCUGGCCGACGGCAUUGACUUUACCAGCACCAUCAACCGCAUCCGCUACGAGACGUUGGCCCGCCCCGUGUUCGAGGGCAUCAACCGCCUGGCCUCGGAGGUCGUCAAGAAGGCCGGCCUUGACCUCAUUGAUGUCGACGUCGUCCUCCUGUCGGGCGGCACGGCACACACGCCCCGCAUCGCCGACAACAUGGCGACGCUCUUUUCCAACACGGCCUCGAUCGUGGCGCCUAGCCUCGUGUCGUCGGCCACCAAUCCGUCCGAGCUCCAGGCCCGUGGCGCUGCCCUGCAGGCCAACCUGGUGCGCGACUUUGAUGCCGAGGAGAUUGAGCAGAGCGCCCACCCCGUCGUCAGCACGGUGCAGCACACGUCGCUGGCCGUCGGUGUUGUCGUGACGCCCCUGAACGCUGCGGGCGAGGCCACCGAGGUGUUCACGCCCAUCAUUGCCGCCGAGUCCGCCGUGCCUGUGCGUCGCGCGAUCCUGCUGCCCGCCCCCAAGGAGGGCGGCGAUGUCCUGCUGCGGUUUGCCGAGGGCAGCACGCACGUGCACACGAUUGCCCCCGCCAAGAAGGAGGAGAAGGCCAAGGCCGACGACGAGGACGACGAGGACGACUCGGACUUUGACUCGGACGAGGAGGAGGAAGAGGAGCAGCGCACAAAGGGCUGGAAGGUCCAGGGCCUGCUGGCCGAGGCUGCACUGCGUGACGUGAAAAAGGGCGCCAAGAUCGAGGUGGCCAUCAGCAUCCGCGCGGACUUUGGCGUCAGCUUCACGGCAAGAGAGGUUGGCGGCAAGGCCGCGAUCCGCGGAUCGUUCUAA